AUGGGCGCGGUCGACGUGCUGGCCUCGGAGCUUGGCUCCAAGGUGCAGCUCGAUGCCAUCACCCGCGACUACGUCUGCGAGCCCCGCCUGGAGUACCGCACCGUCGGUGGCGUGGCUGGACCUCUGGUGGUCGUCAACCUGGUCAAGGUGCAGCGGCGGGGCCGGAAGCCGAUGUAUGCCGAGAUCGUGAACAUCCGGCUGGGUGAUGGGUCCGCUCGGCGUGGGCAGGUGCUGGAGGUCGACGGCAACAGAGCCGUGGUUCAGGUGUUCGAGGGCACCACCGGCAUCGACAACCAGAGGACGACCCUGGAGUUCACUGGAGAUGUCCUGAAGACCCCAGUCUCUCGCGAUAUGCUGGGCCGCGUGUUUGACGGCUCUGGCAAGCCCAUUGACGGAGGCCCGCCGGUGCUGGCGGAGCACUUCCUGGACAUCAACGGCGCGUCCAUCAACCCCGCGGAGCGCACCUACCCCGAGGAGAUGAUCCAGACCGGCAUCUCCACCAUCGACGUGAUGAACAGCAUCGCGCGCGGGCAGAAGAUCCCCCUCUUUUCCGCCGCGGGCCUGCCCCACAACGACAUUGCCGCCCAGAUCUGCCGCCAGGCGGGCUUGGUCUCGCAUGGCGAGGGGGAGGAUUCUGCGCGCGAGCCCUUUGCCAUCGUCUUCGCGGCCAUGGGCGUGAACAUGGAGACCGCCCACUUCUUCAAGCAGGACUUUGAGGAGAAUGGGUCCAUGGACCGCACCGUGCUCUUCCUCAACCUGGCAAACGACCCCACCAUCGAGCGCAUCAUCACCCCCCGCAUCGCCCUCACCACCGCCGAGUACCUGGCUUACGAUGUGGGCAUGCACGUGCUGGUCAUCCUCACUGACAUGGCCUCCUAUGCGGAUGCCCUGCGCGAGGUCAGCGCUGCCCGCGAGGAGGUGCCCGGCCGCCGCGGCUACCCAGGCUACAUGUACACGGACCUGGCGACCAUCUACGAGCGCGCGGGGCGGAUCGAGGGGCGGCGCGGGUCCAUCACCCAGCUGCCCAUCCUGUCCAUGCCCAACGACGACAUUACACACCCCAUCCCCGAUCUGACGGGCUACAUCACGGAGGGCCAGGUAUACGUGGACCGCCAGCUGCACAACCGCCAGGUCUACCCGCCCAUCAACGUGCUGCCCAGCCUGAGUCGGCUGAUGAAGAGCGCGAUCGGGGAGGGCAUGACCCGUGCCGACCACUCGGAGGUCAGCAACCAGCUGUACGCCAACUACGCCAUCGGCAAGGACGUGCAGGGCAUGAAGGCGGUGGUGGGGGAGGAGGCGCUGUCCUCCGAGGACCUCCUCUACCUCCAGUUCCUGGACAAGUUCGAGGCCAAGUUUGGGCUGUACGAGAAUCGCAGCAUCCACGAAUCCCUGGACCUGGCCUGGACGCUGCUGCGUCUGUUCCCACGGGAGCUGCUUCGCCGCGUCACCGCCAAGACCCUGGACAUCUACUACGACAGGGAGAAGCCGGCGGGCAGCAGUAGCGCCUAG